GAGCUGAACGGAGAAGUCCUUUCUGCCUCUUUGCGGCAUUCCGCCCAUUGAGUUGCCCCGCGGCUCACAUUCGCAACGCAACAGCCAACACGUUCAGAAACAAUGGCAUAUCGACGACCAGCGCUUCCCGCAGAGCCUCCACCUUCCUCGUCACCACCACCACCACCACCACUUCCAGCACUCUCAAGCCAUCCCGCACCCGCCGAAACGGCAUACAAGGUCCACACAGUCGUCGAAGCAGCAUGUCUGGUUAUACCGUACGCCUGGGCGUUUGGCAGGCUGCGGGUGUUGGGGAAAAUUGGAUGGGGUGGGGAUAUGGGAGUGGCGGUGGUUGUUCUGGCGGCGACGCUAAUGUUGCAGUUCGCUAGUCUGCAUUCCACGAAUAGCACGAUCCAGAUACGGACUGGCUACUACAGGCCCAACGCGGAACCAGGGAUAGUGGCCGGUCUCUUAUUACCGCCGCUUGUCACUGCCAGCAUGAUGUUGGCUGUGACGGAUCCAGAAAUGAGUGACUACUUUGCCCUCUUCUUGAAGCUGAGCUUAUGGUUCAGUAGCUUGGAAGGAGCUCGCUUGUUUAUGCGGCUGGGAUCUGGGUGGACACGGCAUGUUUGGGCGACCGUACUGGUCGGUGUAUGCCUCACGUCUUUGACGAGUCGGAUGCAAAUUAUCUAUGGUCUGGGAGGAGUAGUUAUCUUCAAAGCCUUUUUACACAUGCUUCAGUCAUGGUUACGGCCCAGCUUCACGCUCGGCGAGGCGCUGGUGGUUGCACAAACGCUGGCGUUGCUAUUUAUCGAUGCGGUUUUCAGCUUGCAAUCAAAGCUGCUACCACAACACCCCCAACCAACUCUAAUGCAUCGAAGCGAAAUGAACGUCUUCAUGCACGCAUUGGUGUACGGGAUGCUUCUUAUCGGGAUCGCUUUAUCACCUCUAUUGCGUGCGAUAUCUCAAGCGCGGCUGGAUGGUCAAACGCAGAGAUGGAUGGUGCUGUCUGGAUUCUUUUACGUUGCUGUGGUGGCGCUGGUUUUGUUUAUAAUAGCCCCGUGGACCCAGCUUUGUUUGGGGGCUGAGCCUUUCAUGUGGACCAUCAACUUUGUAUUGUUCUCCGGCUUCACCCGACCCGUCGUCACACUUUAUUGGGCGUCCAUUAUAGUGAUCGGCGUGACGAUCGCAUGGCUGAAGUUCCCAGAGACGACAGCAAAUAGUGCGGUAUUGAAUUGGAAGCGGAAGUACUUCCAUCUACUGGCGACGUUGAUGUUCAUUCCAGGGUACAUAUGGGAUCCGGAAUUCAUGCACCUAGCCUUCUCCGUCGCGCUAGCUGUGCUCAUCCUGUUCGAGUACCUCCGCCACUUCCGCCUCUACCCGCUCGGACAACCCGUACAUGAUUUCCUGUCCAAGUUCCUAGACGACCGCGAUUGUGGGCCGGUCAUCUUGUCGCACCUGUAUCUCCUCGUUGGGUGUGCGUUACCUGUGUGGUUAAACCGUAUACCGAUGCGGAUGGUCGUUGGCGGCUUGAGUGGCAUGCUGACGUUGGGGAUUGGGGAUACAAUGGCUUCAAUACACGGAAAACGGUUCGGCAGAAACAAAUGGCCCGGAACCGCGAAAACGGUUGAGGGAACGCUCGCGUUCAUUGUCACCAUCACCGUCGCGUGCGUCACCAUCUCUUUGCUCACUAAAAUACCCCUUAUUCCGACUCAUAAGUGGCCGGAGUUUUUGGUGUGCAUCAUCUUCAGCAGUCUCUUAGAAGCCUUCUCAGAUCAGAACGACAAUCUCAUCAUCCCAUUAUACACAUUCGCUUUCUUGCAUCUGACGCUUCUCUGAACAUCAAACAUGGUGUCGCUACACUUGCUCACCCAAUACGUCUGGCGACGCGGAUCUUUGAAUCGAGUCUACUCUAGUACACAUACU